AUGACCUUGCGUCUCACUUCAGCUCCAUUUGCCGGUGUCAAAAAACGAAAAUCCGCUGUCCCUCGGCCCCGUGCCUCGCCUUUCGCCAGCCAUGCCCGCCGUAAACCAAGCUCGGCCGCAUCCAGCGCCGUGAAGGCCGCUGAUCUGGAGCUGGAUGAUCCUCUCCCUGAUCUAGGCGGGUCACAUUAUAUCUCAGAGACUGCGCCUGUCCAAAAUGUGGUACAGGCGAUUCAGUAUAUUCGAGCUAAGAUGUUCGACGAGCUUCCGGCGCGCGCCGGAAUGAACAGCACCCGCAUCGCAGAGGUCUUGAACUUGCGCCGGUCAUUACCCCCGCUCGCCUCCGUCGCACAUGUUCAUAUGCUAUUAGAUGCACCGACACAAGUGGAACGGGAGAUUGUCGAUCUGGUUCAGACAGGUCGGGUCCGUCGCUUGAUUAUACCCGGGCGCGGUAAUGAUGCAGCCGGCCUGGGUGACUGCCUCGUCUUGGCCGAGGAGUGGGAGGAGCUUGUCCGGGGGAGCUCAUCUUUGGAUGGCGCGGUCAAGGAGAAAUUCCUAGAUAUUCUCAACCGCAUCGGAACAUGCUCUGCCAUUUCGCAGAGUGUCUUUACACCCGACGAGUAUAGAGCGUUGCUCCGUGCCGGCUUUCUCGUCUCUUCCUCAUCUUUCACACAGGGUUCCCUGAGCAUUGCAUCCCUUCCCAAGUUGCCCAAUGCGACAACAGCGUCAGCAAGUCGGAGCGGGCCAGUGUCUUCUGAUGCCGACCGAUCCGUGCAAACCGAUGCACAGGCUCGUGCGGCAACUCUAUUCCUGUCACUCCCAAACACGGGGACGUAUCUACGGCUGCUGGGGUCUGGCCGUGCCCACUUACUCGCACUCCUUCGACGAUCUCACAGCGGCGAGGCUCCGCUCAACCUGCUGAAGGAUCGCUGGGAUGGAGCAGUAGAAACCGAAAAGAGCUUCCACUUGGCGAAAAGAGCGCGAGGAGAGUUUGCGGGCAUUCUGCCGGGCAAAACCAAGAAGUGGAAGGAAUUAUAUGGGAUGCAGUUUCGCUGGGUCCUCGAGGAGGCACUGGGGGCCGGCCUCGUUGAAAUAUUUGAAACCGGCAGCGUGGGACCGGGGAUUCGGUGCCUUUAG